CCGAGGCGCAGGUAUGAAGCGAUCCGUUCCCGUGGUCUUUUGUCUCACCCAAAUUAUGGCUUAGUAGCAGCUCCAUCUGGGUCUAGCGAUGGUGCUUCCUCAGUCGAACACCGGUAUCUUCGUUGGGCUCAACAAAGGGCACACCGUCAGGAAGAGGGAGUUUUCCCCUCCCGACCUUCCAGCAGAAAAGAUGGAGACAUGGAGCGGCCGCUGAUUGACUUUGUGAGUUUACUGUGACGAGUUGGAUGGUAUGUUUAAAUGCAAGCUAUUAACCACACUUUGAGGCAAAAGAUCCCCGACCUCAAAUCGCAGAGACUUUCGGCUUUGUUAUUUUUGUUGUAUUAACCACGUUUGAACUUAGCAACUUCAAGUUGGCAAGAAUUGUUAUUUAUGUGUUCUUUCCUUGAGUUUCAUACGAUAUUGUUGAAACAAACCAUGACUGUGUAUUAUAGACAAUGGAAUUCUUGCUAUACACUUUGUUUCUGAUAUAGAAAUUGUACUUGCAACAUAGAAUCCUCUCUGAUGUUUUGCAUCAUCAUCUACUUGAGAGGAACAGGUAGCUAGCUAUAUUAUAAACCAGUUAAUGCAGAACAAAUCAGAAAGUUGCUAAUAUUUCUAACUAUAUAUAACCUGAUUCGGAAUUGUAGUUAUCUUCUUUUCUUUUUAAUUUUUUCUUUGCCUUGGAUAUUAGUUCUUGUUAUUCAAUCUAAAUGACAGAUAUGGUGUUUUCUUUUUAAAAGUCAAUGGAUGAAAGCUGAUCAAUACUUUUUUUUCUACCAUAUGCUUCCGACUUCUAUUUCUUGCUAGUUGCAUACAGUAAAAUGACAAUUAUACUCCAGAAACCUAGCGAGAGGGUUUAUUUAUCAGGAACUUGAUCAGGGAAGUGGGUUGCUUUGUCCCAUAUGAGAAGAGGAUCACUGAGCUUCUGAAAGUCGCUAAGGACAACAUGAACUGAAAGUUGCAAAAAGAACGCUGGGAACUCGAGAAAGAGCCAAGAGAAGAAAGAGGAGAUGGCUGAUGUGCUUCGGGUGAUGAGGUCUGCUGGAGCGAGCGAUAAAACGAAAUGAUGACGCCUUCUGCGACCCUUCGGAUUUUCCAUAGACAGAAUUUAGGCAGCUGGAUUGACAUCUGGUUAAAUAUACAUAACAUGAAUGAAAGAAUGCCUGAGAGAGAGAAGCCGACAAAGCCAUAUACUUGACUUGCAAGGGAGCUAAAAUACACCGCCAAUAGAUGUCGAUGACAGUUCACCGGUCAUGAGAGGACAUGUGGAUCUUCGUGGAUGUUCUCAUUCGACUAUGGCCAAAAUGUAUUAUGUCGAUCUGAGAAAAGUUAGCUUUCGCACGUCACGAAUACCGGUAAUAAUUUGAUAUUGAGUUCUAAUUUCAUUAACUGACCCAUCACAUCGUCAAAUCAAACCCAUCAAGACCUUCGCGUUUGGUUGUGGUCGCUUUACGUCGGAAGUGGAGUCAUUCAUGUGGGAUUAGGUCUGAUUGUUGGAGCGGCCGUGUAAACCCUGCCAACGCGCGGUUUGGUGUACACGUCACGGGGUUGACUAAACCGAGAAACCUGAGAACGAUGCAUCGAGUAAACAGGUCCAAGUCGAGCAAGACUUUGACUCUCGGUCAUCAAUCUCCCUCCUGCCCAGCUUGCUUCAAAUCCCUAGCCUCUUUCGAUUGCUGCUUCUGGGAAGCUAGGCGAUGGACGAGAAAGAGAAGGGAUCGAUGGUGGCAGGGGAGGCGGUGGUGCGGCGGCUGGCGGAGGCGGUGGAGGAGAUCUCUGCCAUCUCCGAGUACCGGAACGCCUACAGGAAGCCGUUGUGCAGCCUCGCUCGGCGGAUCAGGCUCCUUGCACCCAUGUUCGACGAGCUGGGGGACGGGCGCGACCCGAUCACGGAGCCGGUGGCGAGAACCCUAGCCCCGCUCGAGGACGCGUUUGCUGCCGCCAAGGACCUCCUCCGGCUCGGCAGCGAGGGGAGCAAGAUCUUCUUGGUCCUAGAGAGGGAGAAGAUGAUCAAAAGAUUUCAUGACGUAAUUUCUCAAAUAGAUCAAGCUUUGGAUGGGAUUUCCUUUGAUAAACUUGAAAUAUCAGAAGAAGUUAGAGAACAGAUUGAGUUGGUACAUGCUCAAUUCAAAAGAGCCAAAGAACGAGAUGACAUGCCCGAUGCUGAGCUGUAUUCUAAUCUCUUAUCUCUAUACAACAAGAGCAAUGAUGCCAUUUUAGAUCCAUAUACUUUAGAAAGAUUGGCAGAACAAUUACAGCUAGUCACCAUCUGUGAUCUUACACAAGAAUCAUUAGCUUUGCAUGAGAUGGUCUUUGCAAGUGGUGGAGAUCCUGGAGAAAACAUUGAAAAGAUGUCAAUGUUGUUAAAGAAGAUAAAAGAUUUUGUGCAGACCCAGAACCCUGAGAUGGGCACUCGCUCAGAUUCAAAGCCUUUCCUGUUGGAUGGAAAGCCAAAAGUUCCUAUUGUUCCUGAUGAUUUCCGCUGUCCAAUCUCACUGGAGUUGAUGAAAGAUCCAGUCAUUGUGGCCACUGGGCAGACUUAUGAGCGGACAUGCAUCGAAAAGUGGCUGGCGUCUGGCCAUGACACUUGUCCAAAAACUCAACAGAGGCUAUCUAAUGCAUCAUUAACUCCAAACUAUGUCCUUUGGAGCCUCAUAGAACAGUGGUGUGAAGCCAAUGGCAUGGAUCCACCCAAGUGCCCAUCCCGAUCUACUAAUCCCAGCUCAGCUUGCUCGUCACGUGAACUUGCUAAUAUAGAUGCACUUCUCUGCAAGUUAUCCUCCCCAAAUCUUGAUGAUCAACUAGCAGCUGCUGGAGAGCUUCGUCUGCUGGCUAAGCGGAAUGUUGACAACCGCAUUUGCAUAGCUAAGGCUGGUGCUAUUCCCCUCCUCAUAAAUCUACUCUCAUCCAAAAAUUUAUGCACCCAGGAGCAUGCCGUCACUGCCCUUCUGAAUCUUUCCAUCCAUGAUGACAAUAAAGCAAUAAUAAUCUCUUCAGGGGCCAUACCUGGUAUCGUCCAUGUUCUAAGAGAUGGUAGCAUGGAAGCACGGGAGAAUGCUGCAGCGACACUCUUUAGUCUUUCAGUGGUGGAUGAAUAUAAGGUGACCGUCGGGGCAUCAGGGGCGAUCCCUGCAUUGGUGUCACUGCUGAGUGAAGGCACACACAGAGGGAAGAAAGAUGCGGCAACAGCACUGUUUAAUCUGUGCAUAUACCAAGUGAACAAGGGGAAGGCAGUGAGGGCAGGUGUGGUUCCACUAGUUAUGGGGCUUCUUACAGAACCUGCAGAGUCUAUGUUGGAUGAAUCUAUGGCAAUAUUGGCCCUACUGUCAAGCCACCCGGAAGGGAAAUCUGCGAUUGCAGCUGCUCAGGCUGUCCCUCUGCUGGUGGAGAUGAUAGCAAAUGGUUCUCCCAGGAACAGAGAGAAUGCCGCAGCUACUCUGCUGAAUCUUAGCGACGGAGAGCAGCAGCUCGGUACCAUGGCUGCGGCACAGGAAUGUGGGAUAAUGGGACCACUGCAAGAAUUGGCCAUCAGUGGCACAGAACGGGGGAAGAGGAAAGCCGUGCAGUUGCUAGAACGCAUGAAUGGAUUCUUGGUGCAGCAGCAUGAGGCAUAUGCUCAAGCUGAGGCUUCAACCCAGACUCAGGGUCACAUCCAUGCUCAGAGUGAGCCAAGAAUGAAUGUGACCUCCGCGGAUUCUGUUGACACCUAGCUUUUUCUUCAUUGGGAGGUUGUGAUAUGCGUAUCAGAACAUUUUGCCUGCUGAUGCUUUGUGGCUUUUGCAAUUAUGUGUAAACAAAGAGCACGAGUUUUUAACAUUGAGCUGUAAAUGUAUCAUCAAUCACAUGGUUGUAUGUGGAAAAUGACUUCCAUUUGGUUUGUGGACUUGUAAGUUUGCUAAAGUACGAGAACACUGAUAUGUUAAAACGGAUAGUUGCAGAUUCAAAAGCUUCA